AUGUGCACUAAUCAAACAGGUGGUAAGGUUGAAAGGAAACUCAGACACAAAACAGGUGAUGUACAAAGUAUACACAGGACUCAAAUGUGUAUACACCGAGAUGCUAAGUAUGAGGAAGAAACAGGAGUCCUGACUAAGUAUUAUCAGCACAUUUUGACUAUGAUAUUUGCUGUGAAGAAGAUCAAUGAAGAGCACCAACUCUUACCUAAUAUCACCCUGGGCUUUAGAAUAUGUGAUAGAUAUGCUGGCUAUCAUGCCAAAAUGGAUUUUUUCUCCAGUCAGAACAGAUUUGUUCCAAAUUACAAGUGUGGCUUUUUGAACAAACUCAUAUCAGUUGUUGGCACUAUUGACCCUGGAAUCUCUUUGAUAGAUUUUUUGGACACUUACAAAGUCCCUCAGAAAAGCUGGGAUAUUCAAGUCCUCCACGGUGCUCUAAGCUUUGCACCUUACUCAAAUGAAGUUGCAGGAUUCCAACAUUUUCUUCAGACAAGAAACCAUUUCUCCUCCAAAGAGGAUGGUUUCCUCAAAGAUGUGUGGGAGCAAGCAUUUGGCUGUGUGUUUCCAAAUCCACCUGUGAAUGAGGAAACAGAGGAUGUCUGUACAGGAAGGGAGAAACUGGAAACCCUUCCUGGAGUCUUUUUUGAAAUGAGGAUGACCAGUCAUAGUUACAGUAUAUACAAUGCAGUAUAUGCUGUGGCACAUGCUUUACAUGCCAUGAAAUUGAGCCAACAACAUAGGCGAAAUCUGAGUGACAAAAUGUUUGGUCUUCAGGAUCUCCAGUCAUGGCAGCUUCAUUUCUUUUUGAAAAGAGUCUCAUUUAACAACAGUGCUGGGAAAGAAAUUUCCUUUGAUCAGAAUAGAAAACUGAUUACAGGACUGGAGAUUGAGAAUUGGGUCACUUUCUCCAAUCAGUCGUUCCAUCGAGUGAAAGUUGGGAAGCUGGAUCCCUGGGCAGCAGAAGACAAAAUAUUCACCAUUCAUGAGGAAGCCAUCAGCUGGCCCAGCACUUUUAACCAAACCAUACCUGUUUCAGUGUGUACCGAGAGCUGCCUACCUGGAUAUUUUAAGAAAAAGCAGGAGGAGAAGCCUUUUUGCUGCUAUGAUUGCCUCCCAUGUCCCAAAGAGAAAAUGUCCAGCAAGAAGGAUAUGAAUGACUGUUCAAAAUGCCCUGAAGAUCAAUAUCCAAAUAAGGACCAAGAUUCAUGUAUUUCAAGGAAAAUAUCUUUCUUGACCUAUGAAGAACCAAUGGGAAUAUGUUUAGUUACUCUUGCACUUUUCUUUACUCUCUGCACAAGUGUGGUACUCACAACAUUUCUUAAGUACCAUAAUACUCCCAUUGUCAAGGCCAAUAACCGAAAUCUCACCUACCUUCUACUCAUCUCCCUCAUCCUAUGCUUUCUUUGCUCACUGCAGUUCCUCGUUGUACCAGGCAAUAUAAUAUGUCUCUUCAGACAAAUUAGCUUUGGCAUCAUCUUCUCAGUGGCUGUGUCUUCUGUCCUGGCAAAAACCAUCACUGUGGUUCUGGCUUUCAUGGCCACCAAGCCAGGAUCCAGGAUGAGGACAUGGGUGGGAAGAAGACUGGCUACCUGCAUUGUUCUUUCUGGUUCCCUGAUUCAAGUAGGCAUCUGCAUGGUGUGGCUCUUCACAUUUCCUCCUUUCCCUGAAAUUGACACCCAUUCAGAAAUUGAGGAAAUCAUACUGCAGUGCAAUGAAGGCUCAACUACCAUGUUCUACUGUGUCCUGGGAUACAUGGGCUUUCUGGCAACUGCCAGUUUCACAGUAGCUUUUUUCUCCAGGAAUCUUCCCAGCAGUUUCAAUGAGGCUAAAUGUCUCACAUUCAGUAUGCUGAUCUUUUGCAGUGUGUGGAUCUCCUUUGUUCCAUCUUACCUGAGCACUAAAGGCAAAUACAUGGUGGCUGUGGAGGUUUUCUCCAUUUUGACUUCUACUGCUGGAUUGUUGGUCUGCAUAUAUUUCCCCAAAUGUUACAUAAUUAUCAUUCGGCCAGACCUAAACAAGAAGGAACAAUUAAUAAAGAGAAAAUAUUAAUAAUACACAAACAAAAGA